UUUGGGUUGAUAGUUUUUUGUUUUCUGGGUAUCCCGUAUACUUUUUUUAUUUUUGGGUGAGAAAAAAUGGUUUCAGGUGCAAAGACACACAGUUUUGAAGAGGUUGCAAAUCACAACAAGAUCAAAGAUUGCUGGCUCAUUAUUUCUGGGAAGGUGUACGAUGUAACUCCAUUCAUGGAUGAGCAUCCCGGCGGGGGAGAAGUCCUGCUUUCAGCGACAGGGAAGGAUGGGACAAAUGAUUUUGAAGAUAUCGGGCACAGUGAUGACGCCAGAGAAAUGAUGGAAAAGUACUACAUCGGUGUGAUCGACACCAAAACGGUCCCCGCCAAGCGCACCUACAUUCCCCCCCAACAAACCCCUUACAACCCCAACGCUAAGGCCUCUGAAUCCCUGGCUAAGAUCCUUCGGUUUCUACUGCCCCUCUUCGUCCUCGGCUUCGCUCUUACGCUUGGUCUCUACACCAAGAAAGACUAGGAAGAUUUGGCUCUCACUUGCCGCUUUCAUCCCUUUUUACUUUAAAACAGAAACCAUGUUUUAUUUUCCUUUAGUACUGUCUUCAACCUCAUACUGGUUCAUUGUCCAAGAUUAUAAAUAUUGAGCAACUUUGAAGCCUUGUUUGUUCAA